AUGGCCAAGGGCUCAUCCAAUGCCUAUGAUGCUCAUACUAAUCCAUCGGGCAUGAUAUCUCUCGGAGUAGCAGAAAACAGACUCAUGCACGAUGAGAUCGCAGCUCACAUCAACUCUCAUCUGUCCAUCACCAAGCGAUGCCUGACUUACGGCGACGGGUCAGUUGGCUCCGACCAGCUGAGGCAGAGCAUCGCCAGUUUCAUGAACAGAACGGCAUUUCGCCCCAGAACACCCGUAGAGAUGAAGCACGUCACGGUCCUUUCAGGCGUCUCAUCCAUCAUCGACUGUCUCGCCUUCAGCCUCUGUGAGGCUGGAGAGGGAGUUUUGCUUGGGCGUCCGACAUAUGUAGGAUUCAUCAGCGACCUCGUGAGCCGUGCGGGAGUGAAACCCGUUCUCGUCGACUUUGAGCGCCGAUCAAAGUCUGUUCAUCCCUUGUCGAUGGAGGCUGUCGAGUGCUAUGAGAAUGCCUUGGUUGAAUCUGCGCGAAAUGGGACACCGGUGAGAGCGCUGCUUUUGUGUCACCCUCACAAUCCUUUCGGAUUAUGCUAUGAAACUCAGGUGCUUGAGGCGUAUCUGGACCUGUGCGCAAAACACAGUAUUCAUUUCAUCAGCGACGAAGUGUACGCCAAUUCUAUUUUUGCUAGCACAGACUUUCCCUCGCCCCCAUCUUUCACAUCUGUCCUCUCACUAGACAUCACAAAGCACAUCGACCCCUCAAUGGUUCAUUGUUUGUACGGCAUGAGCAAGGAUUUCUGCUCCAAUGGCAUCAGACUAGGGGCCUUCGUCUCCCAAGAUAAUCCCGAUUUGCAGGCAUCCAUGCGCGCGAUAUCAAAAUUUGCUUGGCCAUCCUCUUUGGCGGACGCUGCAUGGUGUGGCAUUUUGACGGAUGAGGCCUUUCUCCAGACAUAUCUCGAGACCCUGGCCAAAAGAUUGUCUGCCGCGUACGAGCACUGCAUCGCGCUGCUGAAGCGGCACAACAUCCCAUAUGUACCGGCUCAUGCUGGACCAUUCAUCUGGAUUGACCUUUCGAAAUAUCUCUCUUCGCACUCAGUCGAAGCAGAACGACAGUUGGCGUGGAAGAUGAUUCAGAACAAAGUAUGGCUGGCAACCGGAGAGGCAUAUCGCUCGGAGCGGCCAGGCUGCUUUCGCAUCACUUUCGCUGUUGACAAGGCCGAGCUUGAACUGGGGAUGCAGAGGUCAGUUCAUGCCCCCAUUAUGAGAAGCCUCCUAAAUACUAAUGAGUCUGCCGUAGAGUGGUAG